AUGGCUUCGGUACUAGGAAAGCGUGCAAGACCUAUCGAGUCAGCUCAAGAAUUUUCGGCCAUCUCCUCCAUCUCCUCUCGCGUCAAGCGCAGAGCCCAUAUCCAAAUCACCAACGAUGAAAAUGCCGACCCAACGUUUAUGCACCAUGUCCGAGACAAUGCUGAGCGCAAUGGCAUGGAUUUGGAUAAGCUGGAUAGUUCCAAAUACCUUCCAAACAGCUCUUGUCCACUCAAGCGCUCUGCGAUCGGAAAAAGAGUCGCGCUGUCUCCAAGUACGGCCAAUGGUCACAGAGAAGCAUACACGUUUCCACAAGACAAGAACGUCGUACAGCUUCCAACACCCAAAACGCCACGACACCGAGACGCUUCAUCAAAGCGAAUGCCCGUUACCCCUCGUCACCGAGUCGGUCUCGUUGGCAAGCCAUUGACCCCACACACACCUCGGACGCCGUUCACUCCAAGUAAUGCACCAACCGUGUACAGUUGUGCGCGUCAGUUGUUCACAAGGAGCGCAAACCCAGGUCGUUUAGUAGGACGUGAAGAGGAGAGGAGCGAGCUGCACACUUUCAUCGAGGAGGGCAUUAAACCCAAGUCCGGCCGAUGCAUGUAUAUCAGCGGUCCACCUGGCACCGGAAAAAGCGCGCUUGUUAGGGAAGUCUGUCGAGACGUUCAAGGAACGCAAGGAGUCAAGACAGCGUAUAUCAACUGCAUGAGUGCGAAAGGCUCAAAGGAUGUUUAUGGCAAGCUGAUCAGAGAAUUUGAUGGUCACGAUGAUGAGGCCGACUGCGACGAGGUGGAGCAUCUGCGGGAAAUGCUCAUACCAAGAGAAAAAACCUCAGAUCAUGUCUAUAUCGUGACCUUGGAUGAGAUCGACCAUCUCUUGACUUUGGAUUUGGAGAUUAUUUACACAUUGUUUCAAUGGUCGCUGCAUCGCUCGUCACGCCUCAUCCUUAUCGGAAUUGCGAACGCGCUUGAUUUGACAGACCGCUUUCUACCACGUCUGAAGGCAAGGAAUCUCAAACCGCAGCUCCUACCAUUCCUUCCGUACACCGCUCCUCAAAUUACCUCCGUCAUCACUACGAAGCUCAUGUCGCUUUCAUUACCGGAUCCCACGAUGCCAGUCGACUACCUUCCUUUUCUCCACCCGGCAGCAAUCCAGCUUUGUUCAAGAAAAGCGGCGUCUCAAAGCGGUGAUCUCCGUAAAGCCUUCGAUAUAAUUCGCCGCACCAUCGAUCUCAUCGAGACCGAAACAAAGCAAAAAUAUCAAAGCGACCUCACCGCCAAAGCUCUCCAAAGCCCUCCGUCGAAAACGCCUUUAAGCGUAAAUCCCAACCUCUGCUCCCCCAAAGGCAGCUCACUCACCCUCGCCGCCUCCCUGGCAACGCUCACGCCUUUGACAGCCCCUCGUGCCACUAUCGCUCACGUUUCACGUGUUUCUGCUGCUGCACUAAGCAAUGGUAUCUCUCAGCGUCUUCAGAAGCUCAACCUGCAACAGAAAGCUGCUCUCUGCGCGCUUGUCUACCACCAAAAAGCUUCCAGAAAAGUAGCAAGUUCAAUAUUUGCCACGCCAUCAAGAUCUUCCCAUGCGCCAAGUCUAAGAAAGCUUUAUGAGACCUACUGCACACUGUGUAAGCGAGAGGACGCACUACAUCCACUCUCGAAUACGGAGUUUGUGGACAUUUUGGGAGGGUUGGAGACAUUAGGGCUUUUGGGAGAAGAGAAUUAUGGAAGUGGCCUGAAUGGAAAAGAGGGCACGCCGACUCGUAAGGGAAAGCAUGUUGGGGAGGAGAAGAGAUUUGUAAGUUUUGUCGACGAAGGCGAGGUCAAAAAUUGUCUGGAAGGAGUGAGUGGAGACAUCCUGAGAGGUUUGUUGGGGUUGGAAUGA